AAAAAAAUCGCAUGGCGUUACGCAUCUUAUUAUUCUAGUGUCUUUGGUUUACGCGUAAAAUGUUGUACAUUAUUUAACAAGAAAGUCAUCAGCGAAAGACACAGUAGGUUGCGAUCGUCUCUUAAAGUUAAUUAAACUGUAAUUUGUUAAUACAAGCAAUAAUACUUGUAUUAACAUAUACGUUGAUAAUCCAUGCGAUUCUUCAAAUGCUGCAAAUCGUAACUGUUCGUUACCUUGAUUUACUAAAUCUUCGUUACGAAUAUAUUCUACGCUACGAAAAUUGCAAUUUUCCACAUUAUAAGGGGAAUAUAUACAUAUAUGGUAUUUAGAUAUACAUGAAUUAAACAGCAAGCUGGUUUAGAAAUAGAACAUAUCAGCAGUCCGAAUAAUUUAAACUAAAAUCGGGCUAUAUAAAUAAACGCAUACAUUUCGAUAAAGCAAUUGGCGUUGGUCUUACUUUGAAAUUCUGGCGAUGAAGGACUGCUUCGGUAUUUUCGAUGGGGAAUUUGAGGUCCUCCGUGUGACUUCACAGUUUUAUGAUGAAGUUGAGGAGUUGCUUGUAAAUAUAUCGGUCAACCAUGAAUUCGGGUGUGUGAUCACUAACCUGAAAGACUCUCCGUUGGCCAUUGCCGAGCUAAGUGAUCGGAUAAGGCGCAUCAUUUCCCAAGGAAUUUCAUACGCUAUACGUCAUGUGGAAAGUGGCAGAAUUGUGGCUGCAAUCGCUAAUACCAUAUUUAACACAAAAAGGAAAUCCUCAUACUACGACGCUGGCACCCAAAUAAAGAGUCCAAAUAUGAUGAAAUAUAUUGAACUUUGGGAUGCUGUCGACGAAAGCUUCGAUGUCAACAAGCACUGCCAGGUGGACAGCACGGUAGAUGUGGAAUACAUGGGAACAUUGCCGGAAUUCAGACGACGUGGCCUGGGCCAAAUUUUAUGCCAGCAGUCGAUGGACUUUUUAAGGCUCAUGACCCAUGGGAAGCUGCCCCUCGAGGUUCUCGCUCAGCUGCCGGAGGAGAUUCAGAUUGAAAGACCGCAGGCCGUUGUCGCCAUAUCUACAUCCCAAUCCUCGCAAAUAAUAGGCCGACAAUUGGGAAUGGAAACUAUACAUAGGUGGCGUUUUUCCGAGCUGUGGUCUUUAAGUGGUGCAAUAGCGGAAUUCAGUGGCGAACGGGCCUUGGCAUAUGCAGAACUCCAAGUAAGGUUACUUGAUUAAUAGAAACCUAAAGCGCAAGCCGAACGAAUUCUUCUAAAUUACUAAGUAAAGGAAGAUAAUUACGAAAAAACAAAUAAUUGAUUAGGGGG